CUGAGGAGCAGACAAGGGGUUAAGCCUGGACCAUUAUUCGUAGCUCCUCCCCCCAUGUGGUGACAUCACACAUACACUGCAUCCGCACACUGGAGGAGGCUGCAGCAUCGGAGCCCGCAACACCCGAGGCCGAGACACCAGGUGUGCUGCAUACUCCGGAGCCUCUUAUCUAUAGCAGUGAAGCUGUGGGAUCCUGUGGUCCUAUGUUCCAGGCCACCAUCUUACCCUUCCGUGGAUGGAGUCCUGUGGAGACAUUGUCCUCUCCUGUCACAGGAUGUAUACAUUACUGGGAACGGAUCGUCCAGACCUAAAGUUCCAAUGACUUGUGUCUCAUUCCGGAGCCGGAGAUCCCAAGGCUUUGUGUGGGGCCCCUGCCUGCCCGAGAUGGCCCAUAUCCCCAUGUACCUGAGCCCGGCUGUAUUUGUCCUGUUCAGCUGUGACCUCUGUUUGGUUAAAGCCAACCGCCCCCCCUCUCCUGUCAAUGUGACAGUCACACAGCUGAAAGCCAACUCCGCCACCGUCUCUUGGGACGUCCCUGAAGGCGACAUUAUCAUCGGAUAUGCCAUCUCUCAGCAGAGGCAGGAUGGUCAGAUCCACAGAUUCAUACGAGAGGUGAACACGACCAACCGGGCCUGUGUGCUGUGGGACCUGGAGGAGGACACGGACUACAUCAUCCAGGUGCAGUCCAUCGGCCUCUACAGCGAGAGCCAGGCCAGCAAGAGGAUCCACUUUAGGACCCUGAAGGAGACCGACCGCCUUCCCUCCAACAGCUCCAACCAAGGAGACAUCACUGUGCAGGGGGUGGACAAGGAGCGGCAGCUGGAGACGGGAGAGAUUAUAAUAAUCGUGGCUGUGCUGCUGAUGUGGGCAGCGGUGAUCGCCCUCUUCUGCCGCCAGUAUGACAUCAUCAAGGACAAUGAUUCCAACAACAAUAAGGAAAAGGCCAAACCCUCAUCAGAACAGAGCACCCCGGAGCGGCAGACCACGGGGUUACUGCGGAAGAAAAAGGCCCCAUCCGUCAAUAUUAUUGAGGUAUAGUGCUGCCCGGUCCUGGCUCCUGUUCUUCACAUGGUGUCCUGGGCCUGCUGCUGACUGAAGACUCCUUAUAGCAAUACAAAUGGAACUCUGCCACCAGCGGAGCUUUCCCAAGGGCUCAUCUCAUUCCCUCUGCCACAUGCAGGUGACAUCUCGCCAGCCGUGGGAUCUGAAGACCUUGAGAUGUCCACCUGGUGUAGAACAUGGUCAGUGCGUGUUGGUCAUACUACAUAUGAACAAUGUAAGAAGAAGAGCAUGAAGACGCUGCAGCAUGGAUGAAGCUCCAUAACUGACCAGAAGACUUGCAGAGACAUUGUAGAGACGUGCUGCUCAGAUCAAAUCUGUGGAGGUGGAUCUACGUUCAAUAAUGGUUCUUAACCUUUCCUCAUGUCUUGGGCUCUAGAUGGCUCAUCCAAACCUUCCAUGAUGCCACUCCAUAGGUUGUAUCUGUCCAGAACACGUCUAUGAUUGAUCACCUUGCUUCUGGUUGAUAAUUUGUUGACCAUUAGUUAAUAAUUACACCCCCAACCUCAAUGGAUCCUGUCACGAGGUUAAGAACCAUUAUCAUCAAUGCCAGAGUAAUGGGGGGCGAGCUAUAGUAUAGUGGUGUCAUCUUCUCCAGUAUGAUGGGGGUCAUGUAAUUGUUUUAGGUUUUUGUAUAAUCCGGAUGGAGUCACAUUUUGUAGGUAACACUAUGAGUGUGACGCCAUUAUUGGGGGCAUAGGCCAUUACUACACGUUACAGUCCGGUGAGAGUAUAGUUAUCUCCCCCAGGUAUUGGGGGGCUAUGAAUGUUGAAUCAUUCUCUCCUGGUAAUAGGAUGAUGGGAGUCAUAUCACUGUUCUAGGUGAGGUUGAAAUCGUCAGUACACAAAAAGGAGGAUGGGUGCUAUGCUCCCCUGUUCGUAGUAUAGGGCCCAGGUGAGUCCCCCAUAGGUUCUAAGCAGGUUUGGAGGGUUCACUUCUUGGGGCGAUGGUUCUGGAGCUUUCUUGCACUGUGUCUGUGUAAUCACCUCUGCCUGAUAUCUUCUGACACUUCUUCUGUAUUGUGUGAUGCUCGGUUGUCGUCAGGCCACAUUGUCGUGACUGCUGGAUCUCCACGAUCGUCGUGUCCCCGGCCGCUUCACCGCUCAAUCUCUUAUCAGUGCCUUUUAUUUUACUUUCACCCAGUGGUUUGUCCUUCUGGAACUUCACCCACACGAGGGAGCUGAAUGUUUCUGACACCCGGACAUUUCCAGUACGUGCGCCAUAUCAGUCAAGAAGGUUUUGCUUCAUUGUGUGAAUCUAGAAGCUCCUGGUACCUGAGUGUGACACCGGAGCGUUACCUGGAACCUGAAUUCUCAUUGAUCAAUGCUAGAUUCAUAGCUCCCAGUAUUCUAUGCUUAAAACAUUUGGAUGUGUGAGUCUAGAAUAUAUCUUUGUAGCUAAACUUUGUGAAUCUAGAACAGUCAUGGUACCUGAGUGGUGAUUCUGUAAAGUUUCUUGGUACCAAAUCAAGUGAUGCCAUUACCACAAGUCUAGAACAUAAUACCUGAGGUAUAAUUUAGGUUCAAAUCCCACAAAGGAUAACGACUGCAGGGAGUUUGUAUGUUCUCGGUGUUUGCGCAGGUUUUUGGGGACUUGAUUUUCCUCCCACACUCCAAAACAUACUGCGGGAGAUUUACUAUCAUUGUCUAUUCUCUGCAGUACUUUAGACGAGAAAAGUCUCUGGGCAUGGGUCUAUUGUCCGCGCAAUUUAUCAAAGGUCACACAGCGUUUAGUAAAUCUUGUAAAUGGACAUCAUUGUCUAUUCUACACCGCACUUUACAUGAGAAAAGUCUUAUAAAACUCUCAGAGCCUGAGACAAAUUUUAUAUAUGAAAAGUCGCAGGUAGUACAAUUAUUUAUUUAUCUAUUUAUCACGGAGUUCCCGCCACAGAAGGUAUAUUAUAAAGCCAACAUCUCGUAGGUCUUCUGUGAGGUGCCGGCUGGUUCUACUUGCUUUCGUUCAUUCUUAGGUUCUCAUGUUUUUACAAUAAAUUCAAACUCUGAUAUUUGUAAAAUAAAUGCAACAUAGCCUUAGGCACAGUCAUUCUUCAUAGUGUCCUGGAAUUCAAAAGGGGGGAGAUUGAGGACAACAUGUGUAGAGGAGGAGCGGUGCAGUGACCAUAGCAACCAGUCCGAUUGCUUUUUCAAUUUUACGCAGGUCUCAACAAAAUUUUAAAAAAUUAAAGAAGGAAUCGGAUUGGUUGCCAUGGGAAACUGCACCACACUUCCACUUCACAUGUUUUGAGAAUUCUCCAAAGAGACUACAUUGCACCAUGCGCAUGGCGGAAAUUCAUAUCUCUUCGAAUCAGCUGCAAAAGGGAAAUUGGAGCACUAAAAUAUAGAAAACAAAAAAUCUACCAGGAUGACAAAAAUGACCAAAAAAUGAUGGAUCAUUAUGAUUAAAUUGUAUUAAUUUAUAUAUUAGAUUCCCCUUCAGAUUCAAGCUAAAAUGUAAUUUGAAACGUAAACUGCACUAUGUCACCUUGUACGUCCCAAAAAAUUGAUAAUAGGCUUCCUAUUAACUAUUUAGAUGGUAUUUCCGCCAGGUCUCACAUUCUGGCGUAUUUUCCGUUGUUGCGACUUUUUGAGACUUUCCAAUAAAAGUCUCAGUUAUAAAUUCAUGACUGCUACAUUUUAUCCUCUAUUGUAGACACUAUACUAUUUAUGUGGAGGAAGCUGUAAAGCAAAAGUCUCAUAAAAGUCUCAACUAAAAAGACUGAGACUUUCUGAGAGACAAAUAUAGACGUCUAAACAGUUUAAUAAAUCUCCCCCAUUGGAUUUAGAUUGUGAGCCCCAGUGGGGACAGGGACCAAUCUGAGUGACCGGUGUUAUAUUUAUAGGAUUGUUAUGGUUUAGACACCCAGGAACCUGAUGCCCUCUGUGACCCUGGGCCUUAGUCUGGAGUGAAGGAUGUCCACACAGAUUCUGAUCUAUAUUCUCAUCUUCUAUUUUCAGGACCAAAAUCUAUUUUUCUAAUAUUUUUGUUACUGCCUUAAUGAAAACCUUGUCAGAUGGCUCCAUGGUCGGGAUGUGCGUGUGCCUUUCAUGUUGUCCUUCACUACACGAAUAACAUGCGGCUCUCCAGUCACAUGUGAAACCAGGUCACAGAUUCUGAAGCCAACACAACGUAAGGUUGGUGGCCAUCUGUAGAGACGCAUGACGUGGCAGCCCAUCUAAAAUGCUGCAGUGUGACUGGAGACACCUUGUGUAGUGAGCAUGGAUGAUGAUAUGGCUGCUGAUGUUGGGGGCCCGAUAUCGGCCUCCAUAUUCUAACCUGGCUGUAUAAUUUACUAUCCUGGUGGACAUGCUUCGUUGCAGACACUGAGAGAUGUUGCAGAAGGAGAAUGUGGACAGUAUGAGUGGGGUCAUUAAGGAACACAUGAGUUUUGUCAUUGUUCCACUUGCUUCUGUACCUGAACAUCUAGCACAUGGGCAUCUACCAGGUGCUGGGUCCAAACCCGAGGCCAUUCUGCAGUUCAGGGCUGUGUAAUGGAAUAUGUGCAGAUGGUGCCCAUGAUGUACUGGCCUGAGCCCAUCUGGUGCUGCCCUGGGCUCCAUGAAUAAAGAGUAUGUUCUUCACCAUG